GCGGCGGGGUCACGUGAUCGCGCUCCUCCCACGACCGCGGUCACAUGAUUUCGGAAAGAUGGCCGCCUUGACAGCGGAGCAUUUCGCGGCGCUCCAGAGCUUGCUGAAGGCCUCCUCAAAAGAUGUUGUCAGGCAGCUGUGUCAAGAAAGCUUUUCCAGUUCAGCCCUUGGCUCGAAAAAACUCUUGGAUAUUACAUGUUCCAGCUUGUCUGUGACCCAGGAGGAGGCGGAGCAACUUCUCCAAGCUCUGCACCGCCUCACUCGGCUGGUGGCAUUCCGUGACCUGUCCUCUGCCGAGGAAAUUCUGGCUCUCUUUCCAGAAAAUUUCCAUCAAAACCUCAAAAAUCUGCUGACAAAAAUCAUCCUGGAACAUGUAUCUACUUGGAGAACUGAAGCCCAAGCAAAUCAGAUCUCUCUGCCACGCCUGGUUGACCUGGACUGGAGAGUGGAUAUCAAAACCUCCUCAGACAGCAUCAGCCGCAUGGCCAUCCCCACCUGCCUGCUCCAGAUGAAGAUCCAGGAAGAUCCCAGUCUGUGCAGGGACAGACCCUCCAUCUCAGCUGUGACUGUGGAGAUGAGCAAAGAAACUCUGGAUACGAUGUUAGAUGGACUGGGCCGCAUCCGAGACCAGCUUUCUGCUGUGGCCAAUAAAUGAGCUGACCUGCCGCUAGUGCCCACUGCCAUGCCCAGCUGCUCAUCAGCGUCCAGGCGCCUCCCAGCAAGCAGGCUGCCCUGCAACAGCAGCCCAGCUGACUGACGGGAGUGGGGACUCGCUGCCUCCUGCGGGCACAGGAGCACUGGGGGAAGCAGCCAGGCCCCUUGCUCUUCUCCUCCUCUCUUUUCUCUUUCUGAAGCUGAUGAACAGGAGCUUUCACCUUCGAGAGGCUCCCGAGUGCAGCCUGUCUGCUGCUGCGGUGCUCAGGGAGCGUUGCUUCGUCAGCUGCCGCUGCCUGGGAAGCUCAGGCCCAGACUGUGGGGCUCGCCUGAGGAGUUAGUUCCAGCCCUGGAACACGUGGAGGGCAUCAGGCCAGUGAUGCCAGUAGUGCCUGUCUGUCAAAGAGCCAGGCAAAUCCCCCUGAGCUGGGCCCCCUCUGGACCACUCUCCAGCUUAGGAAGCACGAAACGCCUGCUUAUUCUUACCACUCCCCGGUGAGGAAGUGGGACUAACUGGAAAUAAAUAACAGUUUAU